UUGGAAGUCGGAGUUUGGACCAAAUGGAGAGAGAAUGGGCUGGAUGAGGUUUGAAGACAUCUUUGGGGGCCCUCCUUCUUCCAACCAGGAUUCUAAAACUCCGCUGCUGACUAGGUGACUGAAGGCCGGAUUUGAGGCCUGAAGGCAAGGAGUGAAGGAAUCUUCUGCGCAGUGCCUGCGUGGGCCUCUUCUCUGAGGAAAAAAGGUAGAACUUGAAAGCCACCAUGGGAGAUGAAGACUGGGAAGCAGAAAUUGUCAAACCUCACGUGUCUUCCUACGUUCCUGUGUUUGAGAAGGAUAAAUAUUCUUCUGGAACAGAUGGAGACAGGAUUUCAGCUUCAUCAGAAAUGGAUGAUGGAUCAUCUCAACAAGAUCAUUUCAUGAGAAGCCACUUUGCCUCUGGGAGGAGUUUGGGAAAUAGAGGUUUUUCAAAUAAGUUUGAAGAAGGUGAUAACUGUGGGUUCUUGAAAGAAUCUAAUAAUGACUGUGAAGAUAAUCAAACACGGAACAGAGGGUUUUCCAGGAGAGGCGGCUAUCAAGAUGGAAAUGAUGCAGAAGCUUCAGGUCCAUCUAGAAGAGGAGGUGGAAGAGGUAGUUUCCGAGGUUGCCGUGGAGGAUUUGGCAUAGGAAGAUCAAAUAAUGAAUAUGACCAAGCUGAGGGAGCACAGCGCCCUGCUGGCCUUUUUGGGUCUAGAAGAACAGCAGUGAGUGGUACAGGUGGUUACAAAGGUUUAAAUGAAGAAGUAAUAACAGGCUCUGGAAAGAAUUCUUUGAAGUCAGAAGCUGAAGGAGAAAGUGGUGAUAUUCAAGGGCCAAAAGUGACCUACAUACCACCACCUCCACCAGAGGAUGAAGACUCCAUCUUUGCACAUUAUCAGACAGGCAUAAACUUUGACAAGUAUGACACUAUUCUUGUGGAAGUAUCUGGACAUGAUGCACCACCAGCAAUUCUGAGUUUUGAGGAAGCUAAUCUCUGUCAGACACUUAAUAGCAACAUUGCUAAAGCUGGCUAUACUAAACUUACUCCUGUGCAAAAAUACAGUAUUCCUAUUAUACUAGCAGGACGAGAUUUGAUGGCUUGUGCUCAAACAGGAUCAGGGAAGACUGCGGCUUUUCUCUUGCCAAUUUUGGCUCACAUGAUGCGUGAUGGAAUAACUGCCAGUCGGUUUAAAGAGCUACAGGAACCAGAGUGUAUUAUUGUAGCACCAACUCGAGAAUUGAUCAAUCAGAUUUAUUUGGAAGCCAGAAAAUUUUCUUAUGGGACCUGUGUAAGAGCUGUUGUCAUAUAUGGAGGAACACAGUUGGGGCAUUCAAUCCGACAAAUAGUACAAGGCUGUAACAUAUUAUGUGCUACUCCUGGGAGAUUGAUGGAUAUCAUAGGAAAAGAAAAGAUUGGACUCAAGCAAGUGAGAUAUUUAGUUUUGGAUGAAGCAGAUAGGAUGUUGGAUAUGGGUUUUGGGCCAGAAAUGAAGAAGUUAAUUUCUUGCCCAGGAAUGCCAACAAAGGAACAACGUCAAACUCUUUUGUUCAGUGCAACUUUUCCAGAGGAAAUUCAAAGGUUGGCUGGGGAAUUUUUAAAGUCAAAUUAUUUGUUCGUUGCUGUUGGACAAGUAGGUGGAGCAUGUAGAGAUGUUCAGCAGACCAUUCUCCAAGUUGGCCAGUAUUCAAAAAGAGAAAAACUUGUUGAAAUCUUACAAAAUACAGGUGAUGAAAGAACUAUGGUCUUUGUUGAAACCAAGAAAAAAGCAGAUUUUAUCGCAACCUUUCUUUGUCAAGAAAAAGUAUCUACUACAAGUAUUCAUGGUGACCGGGAACAGAGAGAGAGAGAACAAGCUCUUGGAGAUUUUCGCAGUGGAAAAUGCCCUGUUCUUGUUGCUACUUCAGUAGCUGCCAGAGGGCUAGACAUUGAAAAUGUCCAACAUGUUAUCAAUUUUGAUCUUCCUUCUACCAUUGAUGAAUAUGUUCAUCGAAUUGGGCGUACUGGGCGUUGUGGCAAUACUGGAAGAGCUAUUUCUUUUUUUGAUCCUGAAUCAGAUAAUCAUUUAGCACAGCCUCUAGUGAAAGUGUUGUCAGAUGCUCAACAAGAUGUUCCUUCGUGGUUGGAAGAAAUUGCCUUUAGUACAUAUGUUCCUGGCUUCAGUGGUAGUACAAGAGGAAAUGUGUUUGCAUCAGUUGAUACUAGAAAGAAUUACCAGGGCAAGAACACUUUGAAUACAGCAGGGUUUUCUUCACAAGCUCCCAAUCCAGUUGAUGAAGAGUCAUGGGAUUAAAGCUUAAAAAAAAAAAAAAAAGGUUCAAGUCUGUGGUACAGUUUUGAUGCUGAGAAGACAAUAGUUUUGAUUUUUAAAUUUUAAACAGAAAUGUGAAACCUGACAUUCUCGUAUUGCCUGUCAUUCUGUUGUCCCACCUGUUAAAAAAAAUUCUUUUUGAUUAGUGCUUAGAGUUUCAAUGUUGCAGUUACUGAUACAAAUGUCAUUCACUGGAAGUGCUAAAGCAUUCUAAAUGUCUUAUUUCUAGAAUAUUCAGGCAAUUGAGACAAGUUACAUGUCUAAGUGCUGUCUUAGUAUGUUUAUUUUAUAAAAAUAGUUAAGAUGAUAAAUAUUUGUUUAAAAAUUAUUGGGUGUCAAUUUUACUUGAGCCUUUAAAUAACAGUGUGUCAUUAUAAUGUGAUAACACUAUAAUGUGAUUUUUUUAUGAAACAGUAGAAGACUGAAGCCUGUCAAAGUGAUUUUGAUUUCAGAUUACCAAAUGUGUGCUGCAAAUAGUUAAAUGUUUGCAACAUGUGAGCUCUGUACUCAAUGGCAUGACAAAUGUUUUCUUUUUUUCCUUUUCCUUUUUCUUUUUUUAUAAUAUGCACUUUCCUUGGAAAUAAAAGAUGAAACACAUUUUCUCCUAAGUUUUUUAGGUGCAUGUUUGAUUUUUUUGUUACAUAUCACAGUUCUGAAUGCAUUUCAUCUUGUGAAAUGAAUACAAUGAAUAAAAGUCUCACACAGGGCUAGAGAUAUAGCUUAGCAGCAUAGCACCAGCCUGGCAAGUGUGAGGUCAUGAGUUUGACUGCUGAUACCAAAAAAAAAAAAAAUCUUACACAAAGUAAAUAUUGAUGUAUGACAUACUUGCUACACUAAAUAUUAAUGUGUAACAUACUUGCUACAAAAAAUAAAUACUAAUGUAUAACAUAUUGCCACACAGAUGUGGUAAUGAAAAUCAGUCUUAAACUUCAAAAAAUGCUAUUCAUUCUUGCCAUAAUUUUGAUUCAUAUUUUGCAGUCAUUGAGAGAAUUCUAUCUUUUUCAUUCACCACUGUAUAUCUUAAACUUAUUGUGCCCAGAAUAUAAAUUGUUAAACAAACAACCUCAAACAUUGACGUGAAACAAGUGUAUUGUCGAGACAAAAAUUACCAGUUUGCUACUAUUACUCUUAACAGUCUCCAGUAACAGGUCACUGAUGUAUUAUC